AUGCGCCUCGCCCUCCGCACCCUCCGCACCCUAUCAACAACAAUCACCAACUCUCCUGCCCACCGCCUCGUCCCCUUUGGCAACUUUCAUCGCAACGUCCGCAAGAUGUCGUCCCUCCCGUUCCCGGUGCUCAAGAAGCCCGUCAAGCUAGCCUGCAUCCAGCUCGCCUCGGGCGCCGACAAGGCCGCCAACCUCGCCAACGCCCGCGCCAAGGUCCUCGAGGCCAGCGCCGCCGGCGCCAAAAUCGUCGUCCUGCCCGAGUGCUUCAACUCGCCCUACGGGUGCGACUACUUCCCAAAGUACGCCGAGACGCUGCUCCCGUCCCCGCCCACCAAGGAACAGAGCCCCAGCUUCCACGCGCUGGCGGCCAUGGCGAGCGAGAGCGGGAGCUACCUCGUCGGUGGCUCCGUCCCGGAGCUGGAUGCCGAGACGGGGAAAUUCUACAACACGAGCUUGAUCUUUUCGCCCGAGGGGAAGUUGUUGGCGACGCAUCGCAAGGUGCAUCUGUUCGACAUCGAUAUCCCGGGCAAGAUCACCUUCAAGGAGAGCGAGGUGUUGAGCCCCGGCGACCAGGUCACCGUCGUGGACCUCCCCGAGUACGGGCGGAUCUCGGUGGCCAUCUGCUACGACGUGCGGUUCCCCGAGCUGGCGGCCAUCGCCGCGCGCCGGGGAUGCUUCGCGCUCGUGUACCCGGGCGCCUUCAACUUGACGACGGGGCCGAUGCACUGGCGGCUGCUGGGACAGGGGAGGGCGGUGGAUAACCAGAUUUACGUGGCCAUGUGCAGUCCCGCGCGGGACAUGGGCGCGACGUACCACGCUUGGGGACACUCGUUGAUUAUCGACCCGAUGGCGAAUGUACUUGUUGAGGCGGAGGAAGGGGAGGGGACUGUUGCGUGGGAGUUGGAGGGUGAGAAGAUUGAGGAGGCGAGGAGGAAUAUUCCUAUUAAUUCGCAGAGGAGGUUUGAUGUGUAUCCUGAUGUUAGUCAGGGAAAGCAAUGA